UAGUACAACGACCUCGAAGAAUAAAAAAAACUAGUGUGAAUUUUAGAUAAAAGCCAAUCGUUUCGCGAAACAAUAGUUCUAGUAGCAGAAGAGGUGUCGAAUGAUUCGUAGUUUCGUUGGUUCACGAUAGUUUGGCGGUGCGUCGGUCUGAUGUCUAGUGAGCCGGUUGGUCGAGGGGUGGCGGUGUAGUAGUAUCGCGCCGAAACAACCCUCAGUCUAAAAGUUAUCGCGGUCGGGUGUGUGUCUCUGUUGACGUCUUUCUGUGCGACUAUUUUCCGCAUAUAUUUAUCUAACUACGUUUCUCUUGAUUGUGUUACAUCCUGGACUUGAUUUCGGAUGGCCUUCCCGAAUCUCACAGUGCAGUUUUUUUUCAAUCCGACAAAUAGAAGGUCAGGUUAAUUUUUGAAACGAAUUGACGAAUCAGCGACCAAGUUUCUAAACGGACGCGUUACCAGAGAGCAUCAUUUCUUCUAGAUGACAGUUGCGAGCGGUCGACGCUCAAAACGAUACGCGAGCCACUGAGGGGAUCCUUUGCCCGGGGAAGCGGACGAGAAGUGGUAAGCAAGAAGAUGAGAGUCCGUGAAAGUUGAAGUAAAAACCUACACAACGAAUAGCAACAGUCUGCCUCGUCCAUUGCGACCAGCCACAUAUCUCACGUUAAGAUGACAUAGAAUGGGUUGGGUGGCGCUAGGGCGGUGUGCGGGUGGUGGCGGCCGCCUCUCGUCCGUCCUCUCGCUGUCUCUCACCUCCCUCGCAAGCUCCCUCAUCUUCACCAUCCUCUGUAUCCUCACACUUGCCCUCACUCUUGUCACCCUCGUGCGUGCCGAGGACAUCUUCGAGGACGGCAAGUCGGACAAGGAGAUCCUGGACAACCUGCUGCUGUCAACCCGUUACGACAAGCGGCUUCUACCCCCGGUCCAAGAUGCGGAUUUCUGCUGCGGAAUGCGAUGGCCUGGUGACGCCACCGGCUUGUCGAACCGGUCGUCGACCUCCUCUAACGACCCCAAGAACCAGUACAAGAACCAGAACAAUAACCACUACACGUCGCACCAACACCUUCGCACCCACCUUCGCGGAACCUUGACCGUGAACGUGAGCGUGCUGUUGCUAAGUUUGGCUUCCCCAGACGAGUCCAGUUUGAAAUACGAGGUGGAGUUCUUGCUGCAACAACAAUGGUACGACCCGCGAUUACGAUAUAGCAACCGGUCGCAAUAUGAAUUCUUGAAUGCGAUUCAUCAUUACGAUGAUAUCUGGUUGCCGGACACGUACUUCAUAAUGCACGGAGACUUCAAGGACCCGCUCAUACCUGUUCACUUUGCCCUACGUAUAUAUCGCAACGGCACGGUCAACUAUCUUAUGAGGCGUCAUCUCAUCCUGUCCUGCCAGGGUAGACUCAAUAUCUUCCCCUUCGAUGACCCACUGUGUUCAUUUGCGAUCGAGAGCAUAUCGUACGAGCAAACGGCGAUCACGUACGUGUGGAAGAAUGACGAGGGUACAUUGCGGAAGAGUCCUAGUCUAACGUCGUUGAACGCAUACCUCAUUAAGAACCAGACAAUCACGUGUCCGAUCAAAGUAAGCUGGAGAGCUGACGGACAGAUCAUGGUCGACUACGAGGACGAGUUCGAUGAGUUUGGGGACUCAAAGUGUUCGCUGUGCCAGCGCAGAUUUGAGGAGCAAGGUAACUACAGCUGCCUGAAGGUGGAUCUGAUUUUUACACGAGAUCGUGCCUUCUACUUCACAACAGUCUUCAUCCCGGGUAUUAUUUUGGUGACCAGCUCGUUCAUUACCUUCUGGCUUGAGUGGAAUGCGGUACCGGCGCGAGUAAUGAUCGGUGUGACGACGAUGCUCAACUUCUUCACGACAUCGAACGGUUUCCGCUCUACGCUGCCCGUCGUGUCAAAUUUAACUGCCAUGAACGUNGUCUUUGUCUCUUUUUCCACCUUCUUCUUAUAUCAUCAUAUAAAGGAAACGAAGAAAGAAAGAAAGAAAGAAAAAAAGAGAAAAGCGAUGAUAAGGGAAAGAACAAAACACGUUGUUACACACACACGAUUAGUAAGAAUUUGGUUGGUGGAAACGUUGGUGAGUAAGUCUCUUUGUUUGGUGUCUGUGAUGUUGCAGCGGCUCCCAGCGGUGCUCAGCAGGAUAGGGAUAAUAUUGGCCAGCCCCUUGACCCUGUCGCAGGGUAAAAAGAAGCGAGAGGGCGGUCCACCGACCGGAGCUACGACAGGGCCGAACGAGAUCGUAACCUGCACCAAUUGUGGGCCCAACCCUUGCACGCACACAACAACCAAUGGAUGCACAGCUGAGCUGAGAAAAAAGGAACCGCCGCAUCCUAUAAGAGUGGCGAAGACGAUCGACGUGAUAGCAAGAAUCACCUUCCCGGUCGCCUACUUCAUGUUCCUCACCUUUUUCUUCAUCCACUACAAAGGCACUUCGUAGACCGACACCGAGGAGGCAAAC